ACUUAAAUGUGGAUAUUCGUUUGUUUGGAGUUCUCGCCAAAGUUCAUGUGCCACGUACGUGAGCUUCGCAAUUAUCAAUUAUAAUAAGCUGCGAUCGACCGAGGUAAACCACGUCGUAAAAAGAUCACAAUAAUAUAUGUCACAUCGAGAACGCGUCCUUUACGUUAGCUAUGAGGUGCGAGCACAUUUCGCUAACGUGUGCGUCGCGGAACACCGAUCUUCAAGUAGAAAACGGUGCCGGUGAAACUCGAUACUUUCUCACUUGUAUGCCGAUGAGCCUUGCGCGUGGUUGCACCAAGGAGGUUGGUUUACACUAGGAGGGCCAGGUGGACCGUGGACAACCUCCUACUUUUAUUUGACGGCGCAUAUCCUAGAAGUAUUAAAACUCGCGAGGAAGUUCAGACGUUGAGAUAAGUGUCAAUGCUAUGAGGUGGAAAGAGCUGCGGACAGUAUUUGGGCAUGUCUAACAAAGUUUCAGUUUCAUUUGCAUUCGUUAUCGCUACUCCAUUAGCGCAUCAUCGCAUUGUGCCGCAGCCGGCCAAGAAAUGGAUAAGCUAAUGCAAAAAUACACUUCACGUCCAUAACAGCAGUUUCAUCAUCCUGUUUCAACCAGCCCAAUGACCAUCCUUUCGACAGAACCUUUAAAAACUAAGUUCAGCGUUGGUAGACUGCCGUCAAGCAACUAUGAGAAGAAUUGCUUUUCUUUGUGUGUGUUUGUUAGCGCAUUUUCUUGGAUCGGUGCGGCGUGCGCAGGGAAUGAAGAGGAUAAACAGCCGAAGUGUACGAUAAUUGACACGAUUCGCUUCUGAUUCCGAACAUCACCAUGGCACUCGAUUGGCUUACGCAAUACGUAACGUUAGAAAACGUCUGUCUUGGUGUCAACCUUGUCACGCUCAGUGUAAUCUACAAGGCGUACCGGUCUAAAGUGACGAAUUUCGAGGCAGUGCAGACAGCUCGUCAAUUGGACGUUGACAAUAAUUUAGCAUCGAAAUUGCGCGAAGAAUACCCCAAUGCCACUGCGGUGCACGCCGUCAUCAGAGGCCAAGUCAGGGCCCUUGGAGAAACGAUCAAGAGCAGGCACAUGCGCGGUGCUAAGGCAGUCAUUCAGGAAUGUUGCCUCACAGAGCACAAGAUUCAGUGGAGUCCGGUAUCCCGCUUCUGGUCACAGACCCAACGCGAGAUACAUCGUAUCAUCAACUACGUGCCAUUCGCCAUUGCGUCACGACACAGCAAAGUGAUGGUUGAGGUAGUGGAUCCACAGGAGUGUGAAAGUAUUCCGGUAAACUGCGUCUAUGAAAACUUUAUCCCAAAUCGAGAUGGCCUGAGCGGUGUUUUCUUUGGCUGGCUGCGUGGAGAACAGACCAAGGGCAUUGAAGAACAGGAGUUUCUUCUAGAAGAAGGCUCCACUUUAACUGCAUUUGGCACAUUGACAGUCAUGGAAGACGGUUCCGUCAAGCUGAUGCCGCCAGCUGAUGGCGUCUGCUACUACCUUACACAGCUAAGCCACCCAGCACUAGUGUCAAAGCUUCGCUCAGAACUCGGCAUAUUGCGCGUGGUUAGCUUUGUGCUUGGCUGUACAGCUCUAGGCCUUUCAUGCUACCUGGUGUUCACAUGGUGGAAAGCAAGGCAGGCAAUGGCCCAGCGAAGGAAGGACUCAAUUCGUCGUGAAGAAGCAAGGAAGCAAAGACGAAAACUGAACCGUGACUCGCCUUCAGAGAACCCGUGUUGCGUCAUCUGCCGCACAAACCCCGUCGAAGUGAUGAUCCUGGAAUGUGGCCACGUUUGCUUGUGCACUGACUGCUCGGAGAUGGUUACUGGGAACUGUCCCAUGUGUCGCUCACCCAUCAAGCGAAGUGUGGCAGCAUUUCUUCCUUAAUCAAGGUGCAGUGGUGGAUAUGCUUUCUGCAGAAAAUAUGUCAUCAGUGAGAGCUUUGUUCUGUCUUUCACAUAAACAUCAUGAACAUUGAUGGACACUCAGAAUUUCGUUCCUGUGGUAAUGAAUAUACAACGUAUUAGUACUCAGCAAGAUGUUGCUAUAUGUGCACAUAACGAAGAACAACGUUCAAUAUAAUUUCAGAAUUUCUUAUGUUAUUUACAUGCGCAAUAAUUGUUUUCAGGUUUGAAUGUUUGGUCAUGCAUUCAUUCGCAAUUUGACUAGUUGACAUACUUCAGAUAUGUUGUGAGAAGUCACCAAUUCACUGGUAAGAUUGUUGUGCGUUAUAAGGGCUGCCUACUGAGCACCAAUAAAAAGUUAUUUGCUUUUAUGUUGAUGUAUUCACAAAUAAAGUUUGUGUAAAGUUCA